GCGCCAGAGCGGGCGAUGGAGGCGCCGGUGCGGCGGCACCGCGCUCGGUACAAGGGCCCGGCCGCGCCGCCAUGGAAGGAGACCUACCGCCAGCGCUGCAUGGAGAGGCUGAGGAGCAGCCGGGCCAAGCUGCUGGACCGGUACCGCCAGGCCGGGGAGAGGGUGUACGGGCCGGCGGCGGGUGCGCUGCUGGUGCAGGAGGUGAUGGAGCUGGAGUGGCAGGGGCUGCAGGAGAGCCCGCCGGCCCCCGGGGGCAAGGAGGCCCUGGCCCAGAUGCUAGAGGACCCUGAUGAGCUAGCAGUGCUGGAGGAGAUCCAACAGGAAUUGAUCUUGGAAGAACAGUCCGUUAUAGAAGAGUACGAGCGAAGUCUGCAGUUUGAUGAAGAAUGUCUCAACGCGAUGCUCGAUGGCUUGGAUGCCAGCGACGAGGUCAUCUGCCCGGUGUGCAGAAAGAAUCACCUCACUGUGAGGAGUAACUUGGUUUUUUGCCAGUGUGGGUUGUACAUCAGGACGCAGGGUAUGACAGAAGAGAAGCUUCGGUCACUUCUAGAAAACACUGUCACAGAGCACAGUCACAGGUGCCUUCACAACCCCGAGUUCACAGUUACCAGUGGGAUGGAGGAGGAAGCCAGUCUCCUCAUGAGCUGCCCGGUCUGUGACUCCUGGACAAUUCUCCUGUAAGUUGAUUUGGCUGCUUUUUUUUUUACUGGAAGGACUUUACUGGAAGACUGAAAAUCCACCCAGAGCUGCUAGUGUUUUUAUGUAUAUACUUGUAUCCGCUGUGUUGAGAAGACACUUGAAAAGGCAGUAGCACUGCCUUGACCUGCACUUUUAAUGGCACA